AUGCGCAUGCGAGCAUCUCGACUGUUGUGUCGGGUAAAACCGUCCGCUCAUAGAUUAUGGCUAACUGGCCCACCAAAACUAUUGCUGCUGAAUGUCCAAAGCCGACGUCAUGAUCUUUUCUCCGAAUCGGCGCGGAGGAACCCCGGCCAUGUUCGGAGUUUCUCGUCAACAUGCCCGGCACAAUUCAUGCUAGAUGGCGAUUCCACAAUAUAUGCCCUUUCUACAGCGCCUGGGCGUGCCGCAAUUGCAGUUGUGCGCAUAUCAGGGCCAGCCUGUGUCCCAAUAUACAAAAGCCUUUGCCCAAACACAACUCUACCCAAACCCCGAUAUGCCGCACUUCGCACUCUCUACGACCCGAAGAAACCUCCAACUCCCAGUACAGUCCUUGACGCCGGCGCUCUUGUUCUUUACUUCCCAUCCCCGCGCACUGUUACAGGCGAAGACAUUCUAGAAUUGCAUAUUCAUGGUGGCCCAGCCAUAACAAAAGCCGUGCUUUCCGCUAUUGCAUCGACAAACACAUCUGAAAUCUCAGUCCGUUAUGCCGAACCAGGCGAGUUCACCCGCCGAGCAUUCAUGAAUGACCGCCUCAGUCUCCCGCAGAUAGAAGCAUUGGGCGAUACUCUAUCCGCAGACACAGAGCAGCAGCGACGCCUGGCAGUGCGCGGAUCCAGUGAUGCCUUGGUGCGCAGAUAUGAGACAUGGCGCCAGGGCUUGCUGUAUGCGCGAGGCGAGCUGGAAGCCUUGAUUGAUUUUUCAGAAGACCAGCAUUUCGACGAAUCCACUGAAGAGCUAGUCUCUUCUGUUGCGGUUCAGGUUCAAGCUCUGAAAACGCAGAUUGGAUUCCAUAUUGGGAAUGCUUCGCGCGGCGAGUUACUCCGUAAUGGAAUUCGGGUUGCCUUGCUAGGAGCACCUAAUGCCGGUAAAAGCUCCUUGCUUAAUCGGGUUGUGGGGAAGGAAGCUGCCAUUGUGAGCACUGAACAGGGAACCACGAGAGAUAUCGUUGAUGUGGGCGUUGAUAUUGGGGGGUGGUUCUGUAAGCUGGGAGACAUGGCAGGAAUCCGUGCCGAUGCAGGUGGGGAGGUUGUCAUUGGAGCUGUUGAGAAGGAAGGAAUAAGGCGAGCCAGGGCCAGAGCCUUGGAAUCUGACGUCGUGAUUGUUGUUGUUUCAUUAGAAGACACUGCCACAGGCGCCCAGCUCUUUGUUGAGCCAGAGGUCAUCGACGCAGUCAAUGAUUGCGUUGAGGCAGGCAAAUGUCUUGUUGUGGCAAUCAACAAGUGUGACAAGCUGCACGCUACCCUUGACGGAGACGUACCCCUACCCCUGUCUGAUCUCAUCCGAGGUAUCUUCCCGUCAGUCCCUCAGGGCCGGGUAUUCGCCAUAUCUUGCGAGCAGGCGCAGCACGGUGACCCAACCCUGAGCUCCGCGGACCCUGGAAAUCUACAAGCUUUCUUACGGGGUCUUAUGACGACAUUUGAGGAAAUUGCUUCGCCACUCAGCAUGGAUGGUGACGGCAGUGAGCAGUAUGAUAUCUCCUAUUGGGAGGAUUCUCUUGGUGUUACACAUCGUCAAAGUUCUAAUUUACAAAAAUGUCUCGACCACCUGGACGAUUUCCUGUCCCAAGCUGUAUCUCCAGCUAGUUCUGUGUCGGGACUUCACGGCGAUGCCGACGAAGUCGAUAUUGUCACUGCAGCAGAGCAUCUUCGUUUUGCGGCAGACAUGCUGGCCAAGAUCACUGGCAAGGGCGAGAGUGGGGAUGUCGAAGAUGUUCUGGGUGUGGUGUUUGAGAAGUGA